CACUCAGCACUUCAGCAGCAAAAGCAGCGGCGCAGCGCAGCGCCCCCGAGCCCGUCGUAAUGAUUUUCUAAAAUGGCGUCACACACCGACGUCCGACACCGCCGCCGACGCGACAAUUGACAUUUCCGGCAACGUCCGCUCGUAGCGCGUUACACAACACGUACCGCCGACGGUCCGACGUCUCCACUGCCACCGCCGCCGCCGCCGCCGCCGACCGGUUACUGGUUGGGUUAACGCACAGGCUCGUUCGUCUCCGCGACUCCGCCGCCGCCGCCGCUGCCGCCGCCGUGUUGUUGUUAUUAUUGUUGUUGUUAAUUGUUGUUUUAUUUUUUUAUUUUUUUAAAUUCAUUAUUUUCGUCUCGUUUCCCCUCCGAUUUUCACUCGGACGACAAUUAUUAUUUCGUCGGUUGUCGUCCCGUUUGUUUCCCUACCACGACCAGCAGCCAGUACGACGCCGCGCCGACACGACAAUCGCGGUCGUCUCACACUCGCAACUUCCGCGGUCGGACGACGACGUUUACGCGCGCCCGUUGCCGAUCGAUAAACCAGUCUGUCGUGCGUGUGUCUUCGUCGCCGACUCCUGUCGUCCGACUUUUCCGAUGACCGCGGUGUUGUCCUCGCUGGUGUUAUCGCUGUCGUCUUGGUCGUAGACGACAACCACGGACUCCGCUUCCGCUGUCAGCAAAAGGCAGCCCCAUCGCCGUCGACCUACACGCCAUGGAUAAAAAAUGCAGAUAGAAACUAAUUUAUAGUACGUGCGUGUAUAAGAAUAAACAUAAAAGACAAAAAAAUGGCUAGAAUGUUGCAAGAGAAUGUUGUUACCUAUAAAACGCCAGCUUUGGCACAUUUAUUCCAUUCAUUCCCUCAUUUAAAUGUCAGUGGUCACCAUGUUAACUCUGCAUUUGCCCCCUGGAGUGAACUUUAUUUGGAAUCACUUGGUAUUCUGGGUUCUAUUCCCUCCGUGUGGUUGAUAAUUACAAUGUUUUUAUUGUUAAUUUAUCUUAUGACAAGAUGCUGUGAUCGAAAACCUCGACCAAGGCAUAGUAUUGUUGUGCUCAAAUGGACCUUAGCAAUAUUUACUGUUUUAUCAUGUGGUGCUGUUGGCGUUAGCUUAUAUGGUAAUGACGAUUUACAUAAUGGAGUUGUUCAAUUUCUGACAUCAGCUAGAGCUUUGGAUGACUUAGUUAUUAGUGUUAAAAACCAGACAUCAGAUAUUGAAAUAUUGCUUCAAGUGAAUAUUCAUGACAAACUAACAAAUAUAGGUGAUAUCAUUGAUUCACCAGUCGCUAAUUUGACUGCUCGAGGACAAAUUGUUACAGCUCUUGGCACUUUAGUUGGCAACGCAGCUUCAACUUUGACAAAUAUUCGUGGUAUCAGUAAUUCUUUGCGUGGAGUUAAUCUAACUCCUUUUAUUGAUGAUGUGUAUUUAAUGGAAACAAUAAGAUGGCCAUUGACAAUGGGUGUUCUUAGUAUUCUAUUGGUAUUCUGUGUCAUUCUUUUGUUUGGAGUAGCCAGACAUUCUCGUUGUGCUUUAAUCAUGUUUUCUGUUUUUGGGCUGUUUGCUGUCAUCAUAUCCUGGCUUACUGCAUCUAUCUAUUUAACUGCUGCAGUUGCAUUGGGUGACUUUUGUAUGAAUCCAAAUGAAUGGUUGGAACGUGAUUGGACUCCAUCGUCUCUACGUCCAGACACAUUAUCAUUCUAUACAACAUGUGAAGGUAGUAAUAACCCAACUGGUAGCACUCGGACCAACCCAUUUAGUAUGGCAAUACGUCAAGCAUCAACUUCAGUAGAUGCAACUAACUACCAGCUUGAUAUUGUAACUCGUCUUGCUACAACUUUAUAUUCCUCAUCGACUACUAGAGAAGAUAUGCCAUUGUUAUUACAAAAAAUGAGAAUGGAUGUUGAAAACGCUGCUAGAAUGGUCUCUGCUUUACCUGCUUCACUUGAAUGUCGACAAAUACACGUACAAUACAAUCGAGCUUUACAUGCCUCUUGUGAUCUUGCCUUGUUUGGAUUGGCAUUAAUGUUACUAGCCAGUGUAGUAUCUGGGAUAUUCUUUACAAUUUUGGUGUGGCUAGAUUCUCAUACAUGGAUAUACAUAAGGAAGAAACAAGAUUAUGCAAAAGCAGAAGAAAGAGAUCCUUUCCUGGGACGACCAGGAUCCACAGCAAGCAGUUCACAAUCUCAUGGACAUCAGAUGUCUACACUUACACGAAACCAAGGACCACGAGACGAAUACGGAAUGGGUAGUGGUAUAGCAACGUUAAAUGGCCGUAAUGGUGGUUACAUGCACGAGAGCGGUCCAUCAAAAGUUGGGCCACAAUAUGCUACUUUAAACCGUAAAUUCCGCACACUCGAACAUCCAGGUGCGCGUGGUGCACCUCAUCCUCCACCAUCAUUCCGCGGCGUACCAACCUAUUCCAAUACUCUAGGGUACAACCGCAAACCUAAUCAGUCUAAUGAUCGUCAAUACUCUACAUUAAGCCGUAAAUGCAAAACAUUAGAAUCUUCGGAUUUCUACUGAAAUGAACCGACCUCUGCCGAUCAAACACAAAUAUCGACCAUAAGUGGCAGUUCACUGUCAACAUUUGCAAGACCUGCACCUGUACCUGACACUUCCUAUCAGAUUACAGAGUUGUAAUGUUCUAGCAAGUAUUUAUUUUGUAUGGCCUUUUAAUGUUAUCAUACUAUCAUUUUGAAUUUGAGCACAGAUUAUUGAAAAUUAACAAACAUUUGUGGAGGAUAGAUAUUAAGCAAUUUGUAUCAUCAGUUUAUUAUUUAUGGUUUUAUAGUUUUUUAAGGUCUUGUAUGUUAUAUUUUAUUUUCUUUAACUUUUAAACAUUUGUUGAGUUGUUUUUAAUAUUAUGAUCUUGUGUUAAUUUAAAAACUUCACAAAUUAUUCUUUUUUAUUAGCUUUACGUUUGUUUCACGUAUUCUCCAUUUAAAUAUCCUUGGGUAUAGUAAUGUUUAUAUAAUUUAUGACAGUACCUUAACCCACUUUUUGUUUCUUUUUUAUAGAAGUGAAAUACUUAAUAUGUACAGUUUUCUUUGAAUGAUAAUUAUAACAUUGACAUUUUUAAGUGCUUAAUAGUCUAUCCUAAAUCAUAGUCUAGUCAAUGAUAACUGGCUCGUUUUCAAUUAUGUAUUUGGCCCACAAAAAUUAAAGAAAUGUCGUUAUCGUGCUUGGCAGGGGUCGUCCCAAAAUCCCUAAUAAGAUAUUUUUUUUUACUAGUUCCUCAGUUUAAGAGAUUAAGUAACCAUUAUAAUUCUUCCUUUUUUCAUAUUAUGUAAAACAAUAUUGUUAUAGAUAAUAAUAAUAUGUUUUUGUAAAUAAAUAAUUAGUAA